AAGGAGUCAAGGUUGGUAGUCUGAUUAGUCAAUUCACCGUCUUGUCGGUCUCCCUCUUUCUCUCUCGCUCUUGGUCUUGGUGCACAGCACAUUUAGCCUGACCUUCGUGUUGGAUUGAUUAUCUGCAUUUUCGUCUUCAAAAAUGUCUGAGCCUGUUCGCGUGGUGGUGACUGGCGCUGCCGGCCAAAUCGCCUACUCUCUGCUGUACAUGGUGGCCAAGGGCGACGUCUUUGGGCCCAACCAGCCCGUCAUCCUGCACCUGCUGGACAUCCCGCCAAUGAUGGGCGUGGUGCAGGGCGUCGUGAUGGAGCUGAGCGACUGCGCCCUGCCGCUGCUGCGUGGCGUUGUGCCCACAGCCGACCCAGAUGUGGCCUUCAAAGACGUGGAUGCUGCCUUCCUGGUUGGCGCCAUGCCCCGCAAGGAGGGCAUGGAGCGCAAGGACCUGCUGGCCGCCAAUGUCGGCAUCUUCAAGGUGCAGGGCCAAGCGAUCGAGCGCAACGCCAAGCGCACCAUCAAGGUGCUGGUGGUCGGCAACCCCGCCAACACGAACGCGCUCGUCUGCUCCAAGUACGCACCCUCCAUCCCUAAAGAAAACUUCACCGCGAUGACUCGUCUGGACCAGAACCGCGCCACGGCCCACAUCGCUGAACGCCUCAACGUCAGCUGCGCCGACGUGUCCAAGGUCAUCAUCUGGGGCAACCACUCGAGCACCCAGUUCCCAGAUGUCCGCCACGCCAGUGCUACUGUCAACGGGGCAAAGGUCUCUGUGUCUGAGGCCAUCAAGGAUGACGAAUACUUGAAGACGCAGUUUGUCGAGAAAAUCCAAAAGAGAGGUGCCGCUGUUAUUGCAGCUCGCAAACUGUCAUCAGCUAUGUCAGCUGCUAAGGCUGCCAGCGACCAUAUGAAGGACUGGUGGCAGGGCUCCGCAAACUGGGUCUCCAUGGGAGUCAUCAGCGAUGGCUCAUAUGGCGUCCCCGCUGAUGUUGUCUUCUCUUUCCCUGUAACUUGCUCUGACAAGAAAUGGACUAUCGUUCAGGGAUUGGAGAUUGAUGAAUACGCCAGGGGAAAGCUAGACAUCACGGCGAAAGAACUUAUUGAGGAGAGGGAAGAAGCCCUGGCCGUGUGCCAAGACAGCAACCUCUAAUGAGAAGAAGACAAAAAAUAAACGUGCGGGAAUUUUGCAAGAGUAUUCUUCUAGGCUCAACUCACAAAUUAGGCAUCCGCAGCUUAGACCUCAGGUGCAUUUGGUUAAUUGACUGUACAAAUCAGACAGUAUAGAACGGAUUAAAUACAAAAUGAGCGCUAUUAGGGUUUUCGAAGUUGUAUAUCUUGCCACGUGUAAUUCAAUUAUAGAUGAUAUUGGGCAUUUUAAAAAUUUUAUUUCAAAUGAUUGUUAUCUUCUGUUGAACAAAAUAUUUUAAAAAUUAGAA